UGUGCGCACACAUAGAUGGGUCUCAUUAUCUAUGCGACCUCUGUUGCAGAGGUUAACGUCUGCUCUCAUUCACUGACCAGCAGGAGAGAGGACACACAAAGAGCCAUCCAUCAGUCCCUGACAUGCCUCUCUGUGCCCAAUGCUGAGAACAAAUUGUUAUCAAGCAACGACAAAGAGAAAGCGGAAAUGCAGAGAUUGUCUCUUCAAGUCGUCCUCGUCCUCGGCUGCUGCCUGUCGGCAUGUCAGGCCAACCGCGUCUACAUUCACCCCUUCAACCUGUUUGCCGCCGAGAAUGUGAGCUGUGAAACGCUGCAGACCCAGUCUUCAAAGCACCUGGAGACGCUUCCCGUGACCCCUCUCGAUAUUGAAGUCCUGACACCGGACAGCAGGGACCAGUCCAAAGGGGAUGCACAGAGGCAGAACAUCACAGAGAGGACGGCGGUUCUGGCACAGCAGUUGAACUUUCUGGGUCUGAGGAUGUACCACGCUCUCAGCGGAAAGCAGCCCAGCACCAACACCCUCAUGUCUCCAGUCAACACCUACGGAACCCUCGUCACUUUCCUCGUGGGGGCCUCCAAGAAGACGGCGAGCUCGUUCCAGAAGUUACUGGGCCUGAGCAGCGGCACCGACCGAGAGGACUGUGUGUCCUUGGUGGACGGACACAAGGUCCUCAAGACCCUGCAGAGCAUCAACUCUCUGGUGGACGUCGGACCCAAAGACAAAAUCACCACCCAGGUGUGGGCCUUCACGCGCCAGGACGUCCAGCUUUCCCAGGACUUCAUCCAAGGCACACAGGACUCCUCGGACACAUCGUUCACCCGCAGCGUGGACUUCUCCAAACCUCAGGAGGCCGAGGGUCUGGUGAACGACUUUGUGGAGAAGACGUCAGACGGGAAGUUGAAGGGCGUCUUCAAAGACGUGAUCUCCAGCAGUGACCUUCUGUUUGCUACUUCCUUCAACUUCCAAGGCAGCUGGAAAACCGCCUUCCAGCUAGAGAAUACCACGUUGCAGUUUCAUGUGGACGAAGCAACGACAGUGUUGGCUCCACUGAUGACCCACACGGGUCGGUACCACUACCUGAAUGAUAAGGUGCUGCGCUGCACCGUUGUGAAGUUGCCCCUGAGCAAACGCUCGUACAUGUUGCUGGUCCUGCCUCACGAGGGAACCAAACUCCAGGACAUUGAGUCCAGCCUGAGCAUGGACACCAUGUCUAACUGGCACCCGAGUCUCCAGGAAGGUCUGUUGGAGCUGUCUCUGCCAAAGUGCUCCAUAUUGUCCGUGACCGAUCUUCACGAGCUGCUGACCAACAUGAAUCGGGACAUCGAAGCCAAACUGUUGGGCUCUCAGGCUGAGUUCAGUCAACUCAGCAACGCCCAACCCUUCACUGUAGAUAAGGCGGUCAAUACUGUGCUGUUUGAGAUGUCAGAGGAAGGAGCAGAACCUCAGGACAAGACACAGGAAGUGGGCGUCCCUCUGAAGCUGUCCAUCAACCGGCCUUUCUUCUUUUCUGUCAUAGAAGGAGAUUCUAAUGCCAUGCUCAUGCUGGGCAAGAUCACAAACCCCACAGCUUAAACUUACACGGUGUCAAAAACCAACAAACACAUUGGACGUAAAAAAAAUGAUCACAGUAUCAGACCCAUGUCCUGCACACGGUGUAAACGUCUGCAGGGGUUUUUAAGUGUUCAUGACGAAUCUAGCUACAUUUUUCCAGUGUUAUUUCCCACCCUUUCCUCUCCAGUGGAGUGUGAUGUCUCAGUAUUUAUGAAAACCUGUUACUUUAAAGCCCCUAAGUCGUUUUCAAGCUGCCUAUUAUGACCCCAAUUGUUCUGCUAAUUUAUAAUAAUAGCCAACGUCUGUAUAGAGCCACGUUGCGCAACUAAGAGUUUAUUUUUUGUUUCACUACGAUCUGUGAUUGCUUUGAAUAAAACAUCUGUUUCCCAACA